AUGGCGACAAGCACGAAAACCGCUGUUGGAGAAGUCCGAAUGAUACAAUUAAAACCGCCGGGACAAAUGGAUUUUGAUUCAAAUGAUUUACCGCAGACCUGGCGACGAUGGAAGGAAGAAAUGGAGUUAUACUUGGAGCUGGCGAUGGCCGGGCAACAAGAUGCCACUAAGGUGAAACUUGUACUUUAUCUUAUUGGAAGUCAAGGUAGAGAGAUUUACAAUACAUUAAAAUUUGAGGGUAGCGAAGAGGAACGGACAGUAGAGGAUAUAUUAAAGGGCUUGGAAGAAUAUUGUAGGCCUAGGAAGAACGAGACGGUUGAGCGAUAUAGAUUCUUUACGCGAGUGCAAGGAAUCGAUGAAUCGAUAGAGAAGUUCGUAACUGAGUUAAAGAUUUUAGCGGCCACAUGCAAUUUCGAACAGCUUUCAGAGUCCUUGGUGCGGGACCGCAUUGUUUGUGGAAUUUGUGAUGAUAAUUUAAGAGAGAAUUUACUUAAAGAUGCAAAUUUAGAUCUAAAAAAGUGCAUAGAAGCGUGUCGGGCUUCAGAACUCGCAAAGGAAAGGAAAAAAAUGAUUCGAGGCCAUGAAACAGAGCGAAUUAAUGAUGAACUGCACAGUGUAAAAUUUAAACGAGGCGAAGGCAAACUUGCAAAUAGAGAAGGCAGUGGAGAGAAAGUGGAACAAAGCUUCAUAGUAUGCAGAUACUGCGGUAGAAAGCAUGAGCGAGAUAAACAAAAGUGCCCCGCGCUUGGUAAAAGGUGUUUAAAGUGUAAUAAGUUGAAUCAUUUUGCCGCACAAUGCCUAACAACAAAACGUAGACAAUCGAGGGUUAAUCAAGUUCAAAGUGAUAGUGAAUCAGAGUUUGACGAAUUAGCGACGGUAGAUUACAUACGUAUAUCGCAAGUGCAUGCUGUGUCGCAAGAGUGUUUUUCAAAGAAAGUUUUCGCCACACUGAACGUUGGAAAUCGACCCGUGAAAUUCCAAUUAGAUAGUGGUGCAACAUGUAACGUCAUGCCAGUUAAAGUCCUUCAAAAGUCGGUGGGAUCGUGUAAGCUUCAGGAAACAGACAAAAUUUUGUCAAUGCACAACAAGUGUAUGGUUAAGCCAAUAGGACAAUGUCAGUUAUCGGUUAUGAAUCCAAAAACGGGUAAAAGUUAUAAAGUGGAUUUUGUUGUCAUAGAGGCCUCAUGUGUACCGUUGCUGGGAAGCAGCACUGUUCAAGAAAUGCAUCUUAUAGAAGUUAAAUAUGAAAACAUCAUGGCAGUGAAUGGUAAGACGAAAUCUGUUCCAGUGCUAACCAAAGAGUCGUUGGUGAAGGAACUCCCAGAAAUGUUUGUUGGUACUGGAAAAUUUGACGGAAAGUAUGUGCUAGAAAUCGACCCAACAGCUAAGCCUGUUGUUCAUUCACCAAGACGAGUUCCUGUAGCACUCAAGAAGCAGCUUAAAGAGGAAUUAUCUCGACUUGAACGGUUGGGGGUUUUGAAGGAAGUUACCAGUCCAACGUCGUGGGUGUCAAGCAUGGUCGUGGUGCGGAAGCCGAACGGCAGUUUACAAAUCUGCAGAGAUCCUAAAGAUCUGAACGAAGUGUUGAAAAGAAGUCACUACCCAAUUCUGACGAUUGACGAAGUAUUACCUGAGAUUACCCGAGCUAGAGUGUUCAGCACGUUUGAUGUACGUAACGGAUUCUGGCAUGUCGAGUUAGAUGAUGAGAGUAGCUUUCUUACAACAUUUAACCCGCCGUUUGGAAGAUUUCGGUGGUUGAGAUUACCGUUCGGAUUGGCAUCUGCCCCAGAAGAAUUUCAAAGGCGCCAGCAGCAAGUGGUUGAAGGUCUGCCAGGGGUCAUAUCCAUACAUGAUGAUAUACUAGUAUUUGGAGAAGGUGAAAACGAUGAAGAGGCAGUCUUGGAUCAUGAUGAGAAGGUAGCACUCAUGCAAAGAUGUCGCGAGCGUAACGUUAAAUUGAAUAAAGAGAAAGUAAGAUUUAAAGGAAAAGAAGUGCCCUUUAUUGGACAUUUACUAACGGACGGAGGUUUGAAGCCUGAUCCUGAAAAGGUUAAAGCCAUUCUAGAGAUGCCAAAACCCAAGGAUGUUGCUGGUGUGCACCGACUAGUGGGGUUUGUGAAUUACCUCAGUAAAUUUUUGUCUAUGUUGAGCGACGUCUGCAAGCCCUUGAGGAAGUUAACUGUCAAAGAUGCAGAGUGGACCUGGUUAGACACGCAUGAUCAGGCCUGUGCGAAGAUCAAAGAGCUGGUAACCAAAGCGCCUGUGCUGAAAUAUUAUGAGGCGGAGAAAGAGUUAACCGUACAGAGUGACGCUUCGGGAACAGGACUUGGAGCUGUUUUGAUACAAGAUGGUCAACCCAUAGCCUAUGCAAGUCGUGCAUUAUCCGAAGCAGAGAAGAAAUAUGCUCAGAUUGAAAAAGAGCUGUUGGCGGUGGUGUCCAUUUUAGAGAAGUUUCAUCAAUAUACGUAUGGGCGGACGGUGACUGUGCAAUCGGAUCAUAAGCCCUUGGAGGUGAUUGUAAAAAAAGAACUUCACAAAACGCCUAAGCGAUUGCAGCGGAUGCUGUUACGGGUUCAACUCUAUGAUGUGAGAAUAGUUUACCGAAGGGGAAAACAAAUGGAGUUAGCCGAUACUCUAAGCAGAGCGCAUGGUUCACCAGAAGAGGCGACAGCGUUUGAGCGAGAAGUGGAGACAGUCAACAUGACAGAAUACUUGUCAAUCUCAGCGGCCAGAGUUGAUGAUAUUAAAGCUCAUACAGUAGACGACAGCGAGCUGCAAAAGGUGAUAGAAGUGGUAAGGAACGGUUGGCCAGAGAAAAAGAAGCAGUUACCAGUACAGGUGACGCCUUAUUGGUCGAUGCGAGACGAAUUGUCUACCCAAGAUGGGCUGCUGUUUCGGGGACAACGAGUGGUCGUACCAAAGAGUUUGCGCCAAGAAAUGAACAAACGUCUUCAUUCAGCGCAUAUGGGGAUCGAGAGCUGUUUACGAAGAGCGAGAGAGUGCCUUUAUUGGCCUGGAAUGAACAGCGAAGUGAAAGCAUAUGUCCAACAGUGCGAGACUUGUCGGGCGUUUGAUAGUAAACAGUCAAAAGAGCCGCUGCAUCCCCAUGAUCCUCCGGAAAGACCAUGGUCUAAAGUGGGAGUGGAUAUCUUCACGUUCAAUGGUCGUGAUUAUCUGCUGACGGUUGACUACUUUUCAAGCUAUUGGGAAAUUGAUCUGUUGGAGGGUACGAAAUCGAAGGCCGUGAUACGUAAGCUGAAAGCCCAGUUUGCAAGAUUUGGGAUUCCAGACGUAGUGAUGACGGAUAAUGGACCUCAGCUUUCGUCUAAAGAGUUCGAGAACUUUGGAAAAUUGUGGAAGUUCGAGCAUGUCACAUCAUCUCCAAGAUACCCGCAGAGCAACGGUAAAGUUGAGAGGGCAAUUCGGGAUGCUAAACAGUUGAUGAAAAAAGCGAAGAAAACUUCCAUACCAGUUAACUGGCACAUCAUCAACAGCCCAUGUGAACCAAUGUUCGAAGCGGUCUUUUAA